CGGCCACCGCCUAUAAGGAGGGCCGGCUGCGGACGGCGGCCACUCGCCUGCGCGCCCUUCCCAGACCGCGACGCCAUGGCCCCCGCCCGCCUGCUCGCGCUCCUGCUGCUCCUCGUGGGCGCCCCCGCCGCCGCCGCGGAGUCGAUCCGAGAGACCGAGGUCAUCGACCCCCAAGACCUACAAGGCCGAUACUUUUCCGGACCCCUACCAGACGACGAGGACGUGGGGGAGCCCGGGCAGGAACUCGAUGACUUUGAGCUGUCUGGCUCUGGAGAUCUGGAUGACUCAGAGGACCCCAAGGUCUUCCCCGAAGUAAUCCAACCCUUGGUGCCCUUAGAUAACCACAUUCCUGAGAGGGCAGGGCCUGGGAGCCGGGUCCCCACCCAACCCAAGGAACUGGAGGAGAAUGAGGUCAUCCCGAAGGGGCUCUCACCGCUGCUUGAAGGGAACGAGGAUGUGUCCAACAAGGUGUCCAUGUCCAGCACUGCCCAGAGCAGCAACAUCUUUGAGAGAAAAGAGGUCCUGGCGGCUCUGAUUGUGGGCGGCACUGUGGGCAUCCUCUUUGCCGUUUUCCUGGUCCUGCUGCUGAUGUACCGCAUGAAGAAAAAGGACGAAGGCAGCUACGACCUGGGCAAGAAGCCCAUCUACAAAAAAGCCCCCACCAACGAGUUCUACGCCUGAAGCUUCCUCGUGGACACGGCUUGGACUCGAGGGGGGCAAGAAGCCGGAGGACUUUGGAGGGCGGACUUUAGAGUAGGGGGAGGACAACCUAAUACUGACCUGUCAGCAUCUUCAGCUCUGAUUCCAUUGUAAGGGACGGGAAACACAUCAUCUUCUGUUCCUGCCUGCCUCUGGAUUUGCUGGGUCUCCAUGGUCCCAGCAGAAAAAAAAUGAGGCUCAACUUGGCAAGUCUAGGAUUGCAUUAUUUCUGCAUCUUCCAGUUUAGAAUCUAGGCCCUGCUUAGAGCCCGUACUGACCACGCCUCAUCCAGAGCCCCUCUGAGGCUGUCGAAUGAGUCCUGCUGGAGGUCUGUCUCCAGCGCCUUCCUCCCUGCCCUGCCCUUUCAUAGCCGGCCCCUCUGCCAGGAACUGGGAGAAGGAACUAGAACCAUCCGCACCUUGAGAUGUGCCCAUCGAAGGGCACUGUGUCCACACUACAGGAGUCUCUGUGGUAUACCUUGGGCCAUUGGGCUCUUUAAUGACUUUUGGAAAUCAACCUUUUUUAUUUGGGGAGGGGCGGGGGGAGCUGAAAGUUCAUAUUGAAAUGGGUUUGUAGAAUUUUUGUAAAUCUAUUUUUAGUAGGGGUUUUUUUUUGUUUUUGUUUUUGUUUCAACAGUUCAUUCCUUUGUGUAGAGUCUCUGCCUGGGCCGGAGUGCACAGGUGCCGAGGCCGUCUCUGCUCUCUUGCACAUUUCCACCGUACCUGCUAAGUUUGUAUUUAAUGGUUGUUUGGUUUUGUUUUUUGGUUUCUGUUUCUCGAAAAUGAGAGGAGAGCCGGAGAUAUGAUUUUUAUUUUUUAUUUUUUAUUUUUUACUAUUUAUAGCUUCCAACAGGGCCUCGCUUUUCUGUUUUCCUUCAAGUCCCCUCCCCAUUUCAUCAGACUUUACAGUCCUCUGCUCAUGACUUUGACCCUUUCUGAAGCUGCUUCCUCUAAGAAGUGGAUUUUGCUGAGACAUAGUUUUCUAGCAGAUCCCAAAUAUAUAAUGUAAGGGAUGGUGGGAUAUUUGUGUCUCUUUUCUAGUAAUAUAUUAUUAUUCUUUCUUGGUUCUAGAAAAAUAGAUAAAUAUAUUUUUUCAGGAGAUAGUGUGAUAUUCCCAUUUGAAGUUGGCUGGGCGGUUGAGUGAGUGAAUUUUUAUAUGGUUGAGGGAGGUUUUUGCCUGUUUCUCUUGCCCCGUUCCUGGUGCCUUUUCACGGGGCUAGAAUAGUUGAGGGUAGAUAGUUCUGCCUUCCUUUUAGCUUCUGCUUUGAACUCAGCUGGUGUUCCUCAUUUCUCCAAAUUUAAGAGAAAAUUGGAGAGCUGUGCUAGCCGAUACAGUAACCACCAGCCACAGGUGGCUAAAUCAAUUAGAAUUACAUCAAGUUAAAAACCCAUUCCUCAGUUACACUAACCGCAUUUCAAGUGCUCAGUUGCCACAUGUGGCUAGUGGCUACUGUAGUGUGCAGGCAGGUCGAGGCCAUUUCUGUCUGUCGGACAGCACUGCUGGAGAACUAAGCUGGCUUAGCAGUCACAGCCCCAGCUUUGCUGGCGUGACCUUUGUCUUCCUGGGCAAAGGACGGGGUUGGGGAGGGCUGAUUACGCCCUAGCUCGGAGCCUGUUACCCAUGACCUGCCCUUCCAGAGAGGAGGGCUUGGUGGCCUCGCCUGAGUAGGCUGCAUCUUCUGACCCCACUGGCUGGGGUGGGGGAAUCAGCCUCACUUCCUGAACCCUUCACCCCCACAACCCAGGGUUCCCAGCUGGCUGGGUCCUCUUCUCCAUCCCCCACCCACCCAUCCCCAGGUCCUUUCCUCUGGCUGUGUUGGACGUGAGCACCUCUUGUAGCCCUUCACACUGUUGUCUGUUACUGACUUUUUGAUAAAGAGAUAAUAAAACCUGAUACUUUCUA